UAAAUUACAUCACCCUUUCUCCUCCUCCUCCUCUCACAAAAUUUGGCUUUGCCUUUUGCUGACUGAUUGUGUGUGUAUGUGUGUGUGAUAUUCUUCCGUACCUGCCAAAAACACCGAUCCAAACCCCCCAAAAAUACUUAACAAAAACUCACUUUUUUUUUUUAUCCUUUUUUUUUUCUUUCAUAAAUCCGAUCAUAAAACACACACACACACACACACACUUCAUGCUUCCACUUCAAUUUCACUUCAUCAAAUUAUUACUUGUUUUUAGCAUAGGAUAGAACGAUUGGCUGACGUCAUCACCUAGUCUACUUAUAUUUAUAGAUAAUAGAUAUAUCAUCAAUCGAUCAGUUGGUGGAUUUCAAGUAUGACUUCUCUUCAGCUAUUACAGUUGACGGAACGAGGCCGUUCCCUCUUUUCUUCCAGUCGCAGGAAAACAUUAUUGCUAGCCACUGGGAUUAUAGUUGCUGGUGGGACUGCUGCAUAUAUGCAAUCACAAAGCAGGAUAAGAAGGCCCAAUGGAACUGGUGAACUGAAUGGUCUGGGAGAUGACCAUGAACAAGCAGAGUUGGAUGUCGGUAAUAGAACUAUUACAAAAAAGAGUAGACAAAAGAAAGGACUAAAAUCACUCCAGGUUCUGGCUGCAAUUCUCCUAUCCCAUAUGGGCAAAUUGGGUGCAAGGGACCUUUUAGCUCUUCUGGCCACAGUGGUGUUACGAACUGCUGUGAGUAAUAGAUUAGCAAAAGUUCAGGGGUUUCUGUUCCGUGCUGCUUUUCUUCGACGUGUGCCAACUUUUGUUCAGCUGAUUAUUGAAAACAUUACCUUAUGUUUUGUUCAAUCUGCUUUGUAUUCUACAUCCAAGUAUAUAACAGGGACCUUGAGCUUGAGGUUCAGAAAAAUAUUGACAAAGCUUAUACAUGCCCAAUAUUUUCAGAAUAUGAUAUAUUACAAAAUGUCUCAUGUUGAUGGACGAAUAACUAAUCCUGAGCAAAGAAUUGCCAGUGAUGUACCCAGGUUCUGCUCGGAACUUAGUGAUCUUGUACAGGAAGAUCUUACUGCAGUUACUGAUGGCCUUUUAUAUUCCUGGCGUCUGUGUUCUUAUGCAAGUCCCAAGUACAUAGUUUGGAUAUUGGCAUAUGUGCUAGGAGCCGGAGCCACCAUUAGAAACUUCUCUCCUGCAUUUGGAAAGUUGAUGUCAACGGAACAACAACUUGAAGGUGAAUAUCGACAACUACACUCAAGGUUAAGGACUCAUGCAGAAAGCAUAGCAUUUUAUGGCGGUGAGAAUAGAGAAGAAUCGCACAUCCAGCAGAAGUUUAAGGCACUUGUUGGGCAUCUGAAAAAAGUCCAACAUGAACAUUGGUGGUUCGGCAUGGUCCAAGAUUUCUUGUUAAAGUAUCUUGGAGCUACUGUAGCUGUCAUCCUAAUUAUAGAGCCUUUCUUUUCUGGAACUUUACGGCCAGACACCUCAACUUUAGGACGAGCAGAAAUGCUGAGCAAUCUGAGAUAUCACACCAGUGUGAUAAUCUCUCUAUUUCAGUCCUUGGGAACUCUCUCCAUUAGUUCUAGACGGCUUAAUCGUUUAAGUGGUUAUGCGGACCGUAUUCAUGAACUUAUGGCUAUAUCCAGAGAAUUAAGUGCAAAAGAUGUACCGUCUUUACAACGAAGAGGGAGCAGUAAUUAUAUAACCCAGGCAGAUUACAUAGAGUUUGAUGGAGUCAAGGUGGUUACCCCCAGUGGUAAUGUUUUGGUGGAAGACCUGACCUUAAAGGUUGAAUCAGGGUCGAAUCUUUUAAUUACAGGACCAAAUGGUAGUGGUAAAAGCUCACUAUUCCGGGUUUUGGGUGGCCUGUGGCCUUUGGUGUCUGGUCAUAUAGUGAAACCUGGGGUUGGUUCGGAUCUCAAUAAAGAGAUUUUCUAUGUUCCCCAGCGUCCUUACACCGCAGUAGGAACUCUACGUGACCAGUUGAUAUAUCCCCUUACCAAGGAACAAGAAGUUGAACCUCUCACUGACAGCAAAAUGAUUGAGCUGUUGAAAAAUGUUGACCUUGAGUAUUUAUUAAAUCGCUACCCAUCAGAAAAAGAGAUAAAUUGGGGAGAGGAGUUGUCUCUUGGGGAGCAGCAAAGGUUGGGAAUGGCAAGACUUUUCUAUCACAAACCCAGAUUUGCAAUUCUUGAUGAAUGCACGAGUGCCGUGACAACUGAUAUGGAAGAACGCUUUUGUGCUAAAGUUCGAGCUAUGGGAACGUCCUGCAUCACUAUAUCUCAUCGACCUGCUCUUGUUGCAUUCCAUGAUGUGGUGUUGUCAUUGGACGGAGAAGGUGGUUGGAGAGUUAAUCGCAAAAGGGAGGAUUCCCUAAUUCGUAAUGGUACUGGUAUUGAGUCUUCUAAACUGAAGUCAUCUGAAUCAGAACGUCAAAGUGAUGCUAUGGCAGUGCAACGUGCAUUUGAAAAUACAAACAAUGAAUCUGCGUUUUCUAGUUCCAAGUCACAGUCAUAUUUUUCAGAGUUAAUAGCUGUGUCCCCAUCCGAGGGUGUUGUUACUUCUAUUCCUGUUGUACCACAACUGCAAAAUGAUCCCCGGGUACUGCCAUUAAGAAUAGCUGCGAUGUUUAAAGUACUGGUGCCAACAGUACUAGAUAAACAAGGAGCCCAACUUCUUGCUGUUGCCGUUCUUGUAGUUUCAAGAACAUGGAUAUCAGAUCGCAUAGCUUCUUUAAAUGGAACGACUGUGAAGUAUGUUUUGGAGCAAGAUAAAGCAGCCUUCAUACGGUUGAUUGGUGUUAGUGUCCUUCAAAGUGCGGCUUCAUCAUUUGUUGCACCUUCUUUGAGGCAUUUGACUGCCAGACUUGCACUAGGAUGGAGGAUCAACUUGACUUCACACUUACUAAAGAAUUACUUGAGGAAGAAUGCAUAUUACAAGGUAUUUCACAUGUCAGCAGUUAGUGUUGAUGCAGAUCAGAGAAUAACACAAGACCUGGAAAAGUUAAGCACUGAUUUAUCAGGGCUGGUGACAGGAAUGGUAAAGCCAACUGUCGAUAUACUAUGGUUCACAUGGAGAAUGAAAAUGUUAACCGGGCGCCGUGGUGUUGCUAUACUCUAUGCGUAUAUGUUACUAGGGUUAGGCUUUCUAAGGAGUGUCACUCCAGAUUUUGGUGACCUAGGAAAUCGGGAACAAGAACUUGAAGGAAGCUUUAGGUUCAUGCAUGAGAGGCUGCGUACCCAUGCUGAGUCUGUUGCGUUUUUCGGAGGUGGUGCUCGAGAAAGAGCGAUGAUUGAGUCAAGAUUUAAUGAGCUUCUGGCUCAUGCCAAAGUUCUACUGAGGAAGAAAUGGUUAUUUGGCAUACUGGAUGAUUUUGUUACGAAACAACUGCCUCACAAUGUUACUUGGGGAUUGAGCUUGUUAUAUGCCAUGGAGCACAAAGCUGACCGUUCAUUGACCUCCACUCAAGGUGAGCUGGCACAUGCAUUGCGGUUUUUGGCAUCUGUUGUAUCUCAAAGCUUCUUGGCUUUUGGUGACAUUCUGGAGCUGCAUAGAAAGUUCAUUGAACUCUCUGGUGGUGUUAAUCGGAUUUUUGAACUUGAAGAGCUUCUCAAUGCUGCACAAUCUGAUGAGACUGUUGGCACUUCAUCACAGUCCGAUGAGAUGCAUUUCAAAAAUGAGGACGGUAUCUUUAUUUCGGAGGUUGAUAUAAUUACGCCAUCACAGAAAUUGUUAGCAAGGAGGUUGACGUGUAAUAUAGUACCAGGGAAAAGCCUUCUUCUUACUGUUAGUCCAAAUGGUAGUGGGAGUUCGGUGUUCAGGGCUCUUCGUGGUCUUUGGCCUAUUGUCAGUGGACACAUUCAUAAACCUUCCCACAAUGUUAAUGAUGUUGGUGAAUUCAAUUGUGGUAUAUUAUACAUUCCCCAGAAACCGUAUACUUGUUUGGGAACAUUACGAGAUCAAAUUAUCUAUCCUCUCUCACAUGACCAAGCAGAAAAGAGGGCGUUAAGUUUGUAUCGAGAAGGGCAAAACGAUGAUGUUGACGCAAAUAUUCUGGAUGUGCAUCUCAGAACAAUUCUAGAGAAUGUGAAAUUAUCUUACCUUUUUGAAAGGGAAGGAAGCUGGGAGGCUAGUCAAAACUGGGAAGACAUCCUUUCUCUUGGGGAACAACAGAGAUUAGGCAUGGCCCGGUUAUUCUUUCACAAGCCUCGGUUUGGUGUCCUUGAUGAAUGCACCAAUGCUACAAGUGUGGAUGUUGAAGAGCACCUUUAUAGGCUUGCACGUGAUCUAGGCAUUACGGUUAUUACAUCAUCACAGCGUCCUGCUUUAAUACCAUUCCACUCUAUGGAAUUGCGAUUGAUCGAUGGAGAAGGAAAGUGGGAGCUUCGGUCCAUCAAGCAUUGAGUUAAGAGCCUCUCAUUUGAAGGUGACAUCAUAACUACUUGUUAGGCAAUUAUCUAUUCAGUCUUUUGGCAAAAGUUUAAUGAAAUAAGUAAGACCAGAUAUAGGGUAUACAACUAUAUAGCUGAUUGUUUCAUGUAUUAUACGAAACAUGUAUAUUUGUUUUGCUGUAAAACAGUUUCUAUAUAGUCGAUUUGAUUGAACUGUA